ACAAGACAUUCCAUUCCGUGCUUAGACAGAACCACCUUUAUUGAUCUUCAAACCCUAAAUCGAUCUGAGAAGGGGGAAACCCCUAAAUAAAUUCUUCAGAAAACCCGCCAUGUCUGGCCGCGGAGGCAGGGACAGAUCGCGGCGUGACCAUCCGCCGUCGGGAAGCUCGAGUCGGAGUAACGCGCCGCCGUCGAGACACCUUUGGGUGGGGAAUCUAUCGCACAGUAUACUAGAGCCGGACCUCACAGACCACUUCUUGCAGUUUGGGGAGCUAGAGAGCGUGGCAUUCCAGCCUGGUCGAAGCUACGCUUUUAUUAAUUUUAUGAACGAUGAAGAAGCUAUUUCCGCCACGAGGGAGCUCCAAGGUUUCCCCGUUGCGGGGAAUCCGCUUAGGAUUGAGUUUGCCAAGGCGGAUAAGUCAUCAACACCAUCACGUGAUGAGGACUACUGGCAAUGUAGAGAUGAUCAACGCUCUAAAGUAAGAGGGUCACCUUUCUCUCCAAGGGACAAUAGAGCACGUCGUGCUAGUCCUGAACGUUUUACCCUUGACAGAUCAAAGGGGAAUGAUAGAAGUGGAGAUCCCAGUGAGGUCCUAUGGAUAGGAUUUCCAGCUUCAUUGAAAGUGAAUGAAAUGAUUUUGAGAAAGGCUUUCUCCCCAUUCGGUGAGAUAGAGAAGAUUACUGUGUUUCCAGGACGUAGUUACGCUUUUGUUCGUUUUAGGCGUUUAUCGUCAGCUUGCAGGGCAAAAGAAACUCUUCAGGGGAAGCUAUUUGGUAAUCCCCGUGUGCAUAUUUGUUUUGCAAAAAGUGAUGGUGGGUCAUCCACCAGUGGAAGGGGCUCAGUGAAUGCCCCCAGCUCUCCUCGCUUCAGGUCGAAUGGUCGCUUGGGGUCUUCUGAGAACUUUCUGCGCAACAGGAGUUUUGUGGACUUACCAGAAGAUGCAAGCAUCGGAUCUCCUUAUAUGUCAAAUUACGAUGCCGGUGAUAGUGAUGUCUAUAGUUUCAAGAGGAAAGGUAGUUCAUGGACUGGUGAAAAUACAUAUGAACCCUGGAGGUAUGGAGAUGGGGAACCUGAUCCUCGAGUACCCCAAGAUAUGUAUGAGCAUAGUAAAAGUCCAACGAGGUACCAUGAUUUUCCUCCAAAAUUACCUCAGAAAAAUGCAUUCCCUGAAGAACCUUGGGAUAUGCCUGAAGACGACUAUCCGGUGCAUGGAACCAAGAAAAUGAGAACCGUUUCCUUUCCUCCCGAGAAAGAGUUGCCAGAAUACUCUUUAUCUGAUCUUGAACAAGAAAAACAUGUUUUUCCAAGGAUGCUCUCUGAUAUUCCUCAACCUGAAGCCUUUGGUAAGAACUUUGAGCCUGCAUCUUUAGGGUAUAAACAAAUUCCUGAUCGGCCAACGAGUUUUACUCCAACUCGUGGAGAAAGGAACGGUCACUGGAAACCAUCUUAUGAUGGUUUUCCUGAAGGUUCUGGUUCUAUACAAUCAAAUAUAGUUGAGAAGAAAAGAUUCACUCGGGAGCUGGAUCAGCCAUCAAUUAAAGAGUGGAAAUGGGAGGGGACAAUAGCCAAGGGUGGAACACCAGUAUGUCGUGCUCGCUGCUUUCCUGUUGGAAAAGUCCUCGACAUGGCACUGCCUGAAUUCUUAGAUUGCACAGCUAGGACUGGUUUAGACAUGCUUGCAAAGCAUUAUUAUCAAGCAUCUGGUGCUUGGGUUGUUUUCUUCGUUCCGGAAAAUGAUGCUGACAUGGGAUUCUAUAACGAAUUCAUGAAUUACCUGGGAGAGAAGCAGCGAGCGGCUAUUGCUAAAUUAGACGAUGUAACCACUUUAUUUCUUGUACCACCAUCGGAUUUUUCCGAGAAAAUACUGAAAGUGCCUGGGAAACUGAGCAUUUCAGGUGUUAUUUUGAGAUUAGAUCACUCUGGUUCCAUUGAUUCUGCUCAUCCAAGCGAAAGAAGCGAUUCAAACCUAUUGCCAAUUCAUGGUGACACAUCUUAUGCAAAGCCAUCAAUGACUUCAGGUUCUUUUCCGUCUCUGACUUAUCCAGAAUUCAGUAGGCAAGGAAUUAAAGGCAUCUCCCAUCCAGGGAAUGGGGCAACAGCAGCUCCUCCUGUUUCACUUUCCGGGUCUGCUCAUUCCGUCGGAAAUGUAUCAGACUUGUAUAAUGAGCAUAGGCAUGAUUACGCACCCCAGCAAAACGCAAUGUAUGGACCAGGUUGGUCUUCUCACGAUCAGCAGCAUCCGGUUUCCAUCAACAGAAAUGCACCCCAAGUUUCUGGCUUUGAUCCAGCAAUUCCGGGGCAUCAAUCAAUUAUGCCGAGAGCAGCGCAAGAAACAUACUCUAGUACAGGUGGAAGUUCCGGGAUUCCAUUUUCUGGAAAUAGCAACCCCUCUCUGCCUGAAUUCAAAUCUUCGUCUAUGCCGGUUAGUGCCCUUCAACCAGAACAACUAGCACAACUAGCAUCAUCUCUUAUCGGUCAGCAAGGACAGGUUGGGAGUGCUGCAGAUGCAUCGAUGGGGGAGAAUUUCCGGCACACAAGCACAAUGGACCACUCCAACUUGGCGAGACAACCACACGGUUUCGGUUUACAAAGUAACCAGGCUGUUACGGAUCUUUCAACAUCUCAGUUUUCUCAACUGCAACAGUUGUCACAGCAGCAGGCAUCGAAUUCGGCUGCUGCAAUGUCCCGAGCGACUCAAACAAGUCAGCAACCACACGGUACAGGCAUACCGGAGGAAGGCGAAGGCGACCCACAGAAACGCUUGCAAGCGACAUUACAGCUGGCAGCAGCUCUUCUUCAACAAAUUCAACAAGGGAAAGGGACUUGAACUGCUCACGGAUUCAAACUUGACUGUGUUGGGUAAAACACAUUACUCUUAGAAAAACAGCUUCAUGAAAAAUUUCACCUUGUUUCGUAUUCCAUGGUAACGAGUCUGCUGCUUAGAUAUGUAUUUAUUGUUCUUGUUUUGCUAAAUUAACAACCUCAACUCCCAAAAUAAAUAAGCUUUUGUUUUC